AAUCGGGAACCGAUCGUCGCGGAGAACACAACGCUCGUGGAGAAUGACGGCCAAGAUGAAGUUGCGGUCCCAGCUGCAUCUGCUGACGGGUUUCACGGCGGGAUUCGUGCUGGCCUUCGUGCUCCUCCUCUACGUCUACGAUGUCAGCAGGCUGACGCCCUGCUGGAGCAGCACCUCCACCAGAUCCACGGCCACAAUGGCCGCGAUUGAGGACGAACCCGCGCGUUACCCGCGCAUACUGUGCAUGGUGCUCACCUGUCCGGAGAACGUGCAGAGCCUGGCCAGCAGUGUCUACGAGACCUGGGGUCGGCGCUGCAGUCGCCUGAUCUUCGCCAGCAGCGAGGACUACGCGCCACUGGGCGUGGUCAAGGUGGUGGAGCCAGCGGGCGGUGGCUACGAGCAUCUGUGGAACAAAACGCGCGAGGGAUUCCGCCACGUUUGGGAGCACUACGCCGGCGACUACGAUUGGUUCCUCAAGGCGGACGACGAUACAUACGUGGUCAUGGAGAACCUGCAGCACCUGCUCAGUGGCUUCGAUCCGGAUACGCCCGUCUUGUUUGGCUACAAGAUGUCGCGAUAUAAUGUGAGUUAUAUGUCUGGUGGCGCUUCGUACAUUUUGAGUCGAGAGGCGCUCCAUCGAUUUGCAACACAAGCCUACGAGUCCGAGGUGAUUUGUCCGCAGCCGAAGAAGAUGGGCAUCGAGGACUUUUACAUGGGAAUUUGUCUGCAGAAUGUGGGCGUGCACUUCGUCGACUCCACACAGAACUUGGAUGGAGACACAAAACCAAAGUUUAUGCCCCUGGAUCUGGAGAGCUAUAUGUCGGAUGCCAAUUACACCAUUCCGGAUUGGCUGCGCCUGAUGAGUCUGUCCCGAGUUGAAACUGGCUUGGGAUGCUGUUCCAACUAUUCUGUGGCCUUUCAUUAUGCCAGUCGAGAACGCAUGUUCCUCUACGAGUUUCUAAUCUAUCAUCUGAAAGUAUUUGAUCCUAAACAGAUUUCUGAAAGCAGACACAGAAGUCGAUUGACUGUAGCUGAUUUAGCGAGACGAUUUCCUUUGGAAGAUAACUCCAAUAUAAGAGACUUGCUUCAAAUGUCUGAGAAACCUGAUAAUUUUUAGAUGCCUAAAUGUGUUUUUGCAUAAGCUAUUAAGAUUGUGAUAUGAACUGAUGAAUAUAUUUAUGAUAUUAUACACCUUCUUUAAA